GAACCAUUACAAUAACCAACAAUAUAUUUGGAGAAGUGAGUUAUGGCCUUGGAAGAAUUAUCAUUCUUCACUUUCACUCUUCUCCUUCUUACUUUCUUCCCUUUAAUAUCAUCUUCUCAAUCAAACCAUUCUCACUCCCAUGGAAAAGCAUCAUCACAAUUUGUGUUUCUGAACCAACUUUAUGGAUCCCAAAAGGGUGACAAAGUUGAAGGCAUCCACCAACUGAAGAAAUACCUUCACCAAUUUGGCUACUUGAAUGAGGAUGCUCAAAUUCAUUCUGAAAAUAAUGACGAUGAGUUUGACGAGCUGCUAGAGACUGCCAUUAAAACAUACCAAAAGAAUUACAAUCUCAAAGUCACAGGGACUCUUGAUGCUAUGACGAUAGCUCAAAUGUCGAAGCCUCGAUGCGGAGUUGCAGAUAUCAUCCAUGGCAAUACUUGGAUGAGAUCAAGCAAGAAAAGAAAGCAACUUGAACAUGGAAUAGUUGGCCACUUUCAUAGUGUUUCUCACUUCGCUUUCUUUGACGGAAACCCUAAGUGGCCUGCUACAAAAUCUCAUCUCACUUAUGGUUUUCUUCCAGGAACUCCAUCAGAAACGGUGAGUCCGGUAGCUCGAGCUUUUGCUACUUGGGCGGCGAACUCUCACUUCACUUUCUCCCAAGCUUUGGACAACCAAACUUCAGACAUAACAAUAGGGUUUGAAACUGGUGAUCAUGGAGAUGGGUAUCCAUUUGAUGGUGUUGGAGGAGUGGUAGCUCAUGCUUUUUCGCCGUCGGAUGGCCGGUUCCACCUCGAUGCCGAUGAGUCUUGGGCGAAUGGUGUUGUUUCAGAUUCUUUUGAUUUGGAGACGGUGGCAUUGCAUGAGAUUGGACAUCUUCUUGGCCUUCAACAUAGCUCCACUGAAGGGGCUAUCAUGUGGCCACAAGUCCCCGUAGGAGCUUCCAAGGGUUUGCAUGUUGAUGAUAUUGCAGGGAUUAAGGCUUUGUAUAAUAACAUUCUUUAAAAUUCCAACUCUCUGUAUUUCUUCAUCUAUAAGUUCAGUUAUUUAU